AUGCCGGGACCCUCAAAUAGACGAAAGCAGAAGAAGACGCAGGCGAGGAAGGAGAAGCGGAGGACGUCGAUUCGGAUUCCUGUUGGACACUCUGUUGAAGAUGGAGAGCCAGUAGGCUCCGGAGAGCUUUUAGAGAGAGGAGAAGAGUUAUCUAUGGUGGACAUGCAAUCCGAAGUGCAUAAUAGGCCAUUACCUGAACCUCCAAUACCGACUUAUUAUCUGGACAAUCCACCAAGUGGCACCUCUCUCCCCUUCAUCACAACUUCUCCAUCCCCGUCUUUGUCUCCGUCCCCGCCACCAUCACAUUCCAUUCCAUUUGACUCCUGGGAUCUGAGCCACAAUCAUACUCCCGCACCGCCCUACGUCUCGUCCACCCAUCCCAACACAUUCUCACAGAAGCUUCCGAGUGCCACAUCACCGAACCCACCAGACGACGAUAUCUUUCUUCGAUUAUCAAAUCCUAUCAUUCACGAUCCAGGAAACGGCCCUCGCGUGUUAUCAGCACGAGAAUUCAUCCAGUCUUCAUUCGCACAACCGCCAUGCGCUUCUGACCCUUUGCGUUCUGAAUUCGCUCAGCCAGAGGUGUUGCAGAUGCUUUGUACGGUGCUGCCUGAGGAGACAGCCAUAUUUGUUUGGUACAACAAGAGUCGUAAAGUCGGACGCGUGUGUCCCGCGUGUCGACGUCUAUACCAACUUGGCGAUGCGCUUUCGAAUACGUUCACGGAUAUCGACAUGGACGACCCUCCAGAGAAGAAAGAACCGUCACCUUAUCUCGCCGCCGAACAAGAGAUCAGCGGUCUCUGUUCGCCCCUCUGCUUCAUCCUCGCCUCGUAUAAUUAUCCCAACAUCAUCCGGUCUACCUGGGGCCGCAUGGCAGAAGACCUCGAUGAUGAGACCUGGGCGUUAUUGAAUAUUCCUGCGCGAGCGCAGCCGGGGCAAGAGGAUGUUGGGUUGAGCAUGGUGCUUAAGAUGACGAGAUUGCAUGAUUUAGGGUUAGCGCAGCUUUGUGUGCCGGAGAUGGGGAUUGACGAGGAGAUUUAUGAACAUGAUGAUGGUUCAAGCUUGAGCUUGAAUGGGACGAGCCGUGGGGUUGUGGUUUGAUGCAUGAUAGCUCCGUACGAGUUGUGCUUCUCGUGGUGAGGUUGCUCUACUAUGUUGUGUGGGUUGUGGAGUAUUUAUGUAGUUCGGGGCGCAUCUGCUUGCUUACGGACUCUUUGC